AUGUAUGACUGGGAAGGAAAAGAGGGCGAGUGCUAUCGAUUAUAUGUCGAUGAGAAGAAAUCGCUUGAUGAAGUCGUAGAGUAUUGGAAGGAGCAAGGCUUCGAGCCUAGCAAGCGAGCCUUUCAGACCCAGUUCAAGCGAUGGAACUUUCCAUCGAAACAUAAUAUUGUUGUAAGAAACCCUAACCUGACGGAGAGGAUCAAGGAGCUAUGGGAGCAGAACAUGACGCAGAAAGAAAUGCUGCGGACUCUUCACGAGGAGAACCGCACCAUAUCAGAACGCGAUCUUAUCCGCAUACGUGUGAAGAACCGAUGGCUUCUACGUGUCCGCAAUCCCGCAACAACAGUAGCCGAUGAAGUGCGAAACACUGAAACCACCUAUGAACCAACUUCACGACAGCAAGUGGGAGAGGCAGCGGCUGAUUCAGCAUCAAGUGCAAAUGCUGAAGACGCUCGGACACAUCCUAGCAGUCUACCAUUUUCAGAUCUUGAACGUGCCAGGGCUGAGACGAUGCGUAAACGUCAACUUGAGAGCGACGAGAAGUGGAGAACGCGAAAGCGUAGACGCCGCACCAAAGGAUGGGCGGGCUUACCUGCGGAUCCUGCGGGUCAGCCUCCCCGGUUCCCGUCUGAGACGACCCUUGAUGAGGCCAAGGCGUACCUCAACAUGGACAACCAAAUAUACGAUGCAAUGAGGGCCCAGUUCAUGGACAUGUGUAACGCAGAAGGCGUUCUGAAGAAAUCACUUGCAGGGGCCGAGAAAUGGCAGGCGUUGAAGGAUCGAAUCAUUAGAGAGAAUGCUCACCUGCAGAGCGUAUUCUGGGGAGCGCCGGAGGGUCGCUCUAAUGAUCAAAGAGACGUUUGCUUGGAUGUUAUCUGCAUGGACGUGACAAAGCGAAUACGAGUAUUAAGGAACAUGAUGACCCUCGCCGAGGCGAAGAACAUCCUGGGUCUUAACCCAGCCCAGAGUCGAGACGUUAGGCGUGCCUUCCAGGGAAUUAUAGUAAAAGCGAAUUUCACCAGUAAGGCCGAUGGUGACGUCUCAGUAUGGGAGAGCCUGAAGCGAGAUGCCAUGAGUAUCUCCGAGCCACUUAAGAAAGCAUUCGCAUCUGGUCCCGAUGAUCUUCGUUAUGAGACAAAGUUAAAGGCUCUGGAAAUGGUCUGUCGAGAUGUAAUCAAGCGUUCCAGGGACCAUAGAGCCCAGGGCGAUCCUCUACGCAGGAACGAUGCUCUGGUAACUCGAGGCCCUGGUCCUUCAAAACCCAACGGGUCGAGAAAAUUGACAUCGGACUCCAUCGUCCGGGCGCCAAAUACCUCGGGCCACCCUCAGACGAAGAAUCAGAUGCAAUCUCAUAUCCAUCACUCUGGAGUAGCCCGGAAUGAGCUUCAGAUAGACCCUUCUUUGCUAUUAGCAGCAGAUGGUCCUUCGGUCACUGCACGAAUACCAGAACAAUUCUCUCAAAGCUUCGAUACCGACCUUGAAGCAGCCAAUUCUACCCAGAAUAUUCUCGAUACGAUGGAGAUCCCAGCAUACUUUCGAGUGCAUCCUGAAUCUCCGGUUCAGGCCACACCGAAGUUGUGGCUGGAUGUGCUCAAAUUUGGCAACGUAGACGAGAUACGCCGACUCGCCGUAGCGAAACAUGUCGGCGCACAAAUGCUGAGCCUCGAAGGUGUGGUGAAGAAUCAGCACGGCGGAGGCGUCGAGAUACGAUAUACUAUAGACGACCAAGAUGAGCUGGAAGCUUAUCUAGCGCACGUUGCGGGCGGCAAAGUGACUUUUGUGAUUAAGUAUUCGAGCUGA